AGAGAGAGAGAGAGAGAGAGGGAAAGAGAGAUGUGUUAACACACUCCCCUGGAGUAAAUCUCCCAAUCUGAUCAGUGUAUGUGUUGAGGUGGAUUAGCUAACUGACCAACGGAACAGGAGCAGGACACACAGGUUCUCAGGUGCUUUCCACAACAAACCUAGUUCUCCCACACCAUAAAAUAAGAAACUUUCAGAGGUAUCAGACCACAGAGCUAUUGGAAAAUAGCUUUUCUGGGACAUGCUGCUUUUAAUUCAAAAGAGUUAAACUUACUCACUUCAGACAGGUUGAAGUCUAUUUCUUCAACCUCAAACCAUACUCAAAGAGUGCUGAAAAUGGGACACAAGUGCACCUCUAAACCCUUGUCGUUACAAACACUCAUCCUCUCCACCAUCCUCCUCUUCAUCUCCCCUACCGCUGCCAUGCCAGGGCCUGACUAUGGAGGCCACCCGCGGUUCAUCUGCAUUCCCGUCCCUGCCGAUACCGACCCUGCCUGCUUCCCCUCUGGGGGGCCAGUCAUGGGGCCUAGUGGGGCAGGGCACCACAUGCCUCCUGUAGGGCCCCCGAACAAUAAUGGCUGGUGGGGAAUGACAGAGGAGGCUAAAACCACUAUUUUACACCUGAGAGAAAGCCUGGUGCAGCAGAAAGAGACCAUCCUGGAUAUGAGAGAGACCAUCAGGGAGCUGACUGCCAAGCUCACCCUGUGUGAGGGCUCUGGACCGGGCAUCGUGGCUCACAACGACCACCAUGAACCUCCAUCUCAUCACGGAGGGGCUGUCAGCCAUCUGCCUUAUGCUGACAACGGUCACCAUGGCAACCAGCAGGGUCACCAUGGAAACAACAACCAUGCCUUGGAUGCAGCCGGACACUACCCUUGGAAUGGGGGGCACCAUUCGGACAGUGGGCAUAACAACAGGGGGAAGGAUAAACACGCAACACCAGAGGAUAUGAUAUCAUCAAAAUCGCCGGAAGAACUGGGCAGGAUGCUGCAGGCCCUUAAAGAGAGAAUGGAUAACCUGCAGUCAAGGAACACCUCCACCACCUACUCCAGCUCUCUGAAGGAGCUCCUCCAGAGGAAGAUCAGUGCUCUGGAGCAGCAGAUGCACCACACCGCUGCUGCCCUCAGCAGCAGCCCCAAUCACCAUGACGACAGCGAUCACCACGAUGACGGGCACCAUGAAGACCACGACGAUGACGGGCAUCACGACGACAGUCACCAUGACGACCACCCCGAUGAUCACCAUGACAAUGGGCAACACGACAACGAGGCAGAUAGCCAUGGUUACCUGCAGAGAACGGGUUAUCACAUACCAGGGCCCAGGGCUGGCCUGCACUCCAACAACAAACUGGACUCUCUACUGAAUAACCUGCACCACACAGGUACCAAGAACCCUGAUGCCUUCCAGAUCGGCUUCCCCAUGAGAACCAACUACAUGUACGGGAAAGUGAAGACGACCCUUCUCCACGAGAUCUUUGCCCUCACCCUGUGUCUGUGGAUAAAGGGGGGCGCAGGCUCCGGGCUGGGGACCCCCUUCUCCUACUCUGUACCAGGACAGGCCAACGAACUGGUGCUGAUCGAGUGGGGCAACAACCCCAUGGAGCUGUUGGUGGAUGACAAGGCAGUGACUCUGCCCCUUUCUAUCAGCGAUGGAAAGUGGCACCAUGUGUGUGUGACGUGGUCGACGAGGGACGGUGAGUGGGAGGCGUACCAGGACGGGGUGAAGAGGGGCUCUGGGGAGAACCUGUCCGCAUGGCAUCCCAUCAAACCUGGAGGGGUCUUCAUCCUCGGACAGGAACAGGACACUCUGGGAGGUCGUUUCGACGCCACGCAGGCGUUUAUGGGGGACAUCUCUGACCUCCAGAUGUGGGCUAAUGUCCUCACGGCCCAUGACAUCUACAGCCUGGCCUCCUGCAACAGCCACCUCAGCGGGGACGUCAUCACCUGGUCCGAGAAUGUGGUGGAGCUCCACGGAGGGGUCACCAAGUACCCCUUCGACCCCUGUCACUAAGGGCAACCAACUAUUAUGACAUUACCAAUGGAUCCAUAUCACACACAUACUUAAAAGUACUCCUAUCGAAGAAGGAUUUUUUUCCGAUCCAGAGGGGGUAUGAGAUCACACAGGAUAGAGAAUCCACUCCACUUAAUAUUACCACCUGACUAAAACUAUGCCUUCCUUUUAGUCUGAAAGACGGUAGACCCCCAUUCCCAGAAACUGUGUUAUGACUAUUAUGGGAUUAAAUGUUUUGAUAAUGAAAUGGACUAUAUGUACAGUGCCUUCAGAAAGUAUUCAUACCCCUUGACUUAUUCCAUGUUUUGUUAUGUUACAGCCUGAAUUCUAAAUUUAUUAAAUUAUAACAAAUGUUCAUCCAUCUACACAUAAUACCCCAUAAUGACAAAGUGAAAACAUGUUUCUAGAAAUUUUUGCAAAUGUAUUGAAAAUAAAAUACAUAAAUAACCAUUGACACAAGUAUUCGCACCCCUUAGUUAAUUCUUUGUAGAAGCAACUUUGGCAAUGAUUACAGCUAUGAGUCUUUCUGGGUAAGUCUCUAAGAGCUUUCCAGACCUGGAUUGUGCAAUAUUUUACAAUUCUUCAAGCUCUGUCAAAUUGGUUGUUGAUUAUAGGCAACCAUUUUCAGGUCUUACCAUACAUUUUCAAGUAGAGUUAAGUCAAAACCAUAACUUGACCAGUCAGGAACAUUCACAUCUGGUUGGUAAGCAACUCCAGUGUAGAUUUGGUCUUGUGUUUUAGGUUAUUGUCCUGCUGAAAUGUGAAUUAAUCUCCCAGUGUCUGUUGGAAAGCAGACUGAAACAAGUUUUCCUCUAGGGUUUUACAAGCAUACCCAUAACAUGAUGCAGCCACCACUAUGCUUGAAAAUAUGGAGAGUGGUACUCAGUAAUGUGCUGUAUUGGAUUUGUUCCAAACAUAACACUUUAUAUUCAGGACAACAAGUUAAUUGCUUUGCCACAUUUUUUGCAGUAUGACUUUAGUGCCUUGUUCCAAAGAGUAUUCAUGUUUUGGAAUAUUUUUAUUCUGUACAGGCUUCCUUCUUUUCACUCUGUCAAUUAGAUUUGCAUUGUGGUGUAACUACAAUGUUGUUGAUCCAUCCACACUUUUCUCCUGUCACAGCCAAAUUCACUGCUUGACUGUGAGGGACCUUACAGAUAAUUGUAUGUGUCGGGAACAGAGAUGAGGUAGUCAUUCAAAAAUCAUGUAAAACACUUUUAUUGCACACAAUAAAGUCCAUGCAACUUAUGUGACUUUUUAAGCAAAAUUGUACUCCUGAACUUAUUUUAACGUGCCAUAACAAAGGGGUUGAAUAUUGAUUGACUUAAGACAUUUCAGCUUUUCAUUUUUAAUUAAUUUGACAUUAUUGGGUAUUGUGUGUAGGCCAGUGACAAAAAAAUCUAACUGUAAUAAAUGUUUUAUUCCGGCUGUAACACAACAAAUGUAGAAUAAGUCAGAGGGUGUGAAUACUUUCUGAAGGCUCUGUAUAUGUAUCUAUUUUUCUAGCUUCUAUUUGACCCUUUAUUAGUGUUACUAAAAUGUUACUGCUGUUUUAUUGUCACAACAAGGAUAAUAUGAUAUAUUGUUAUAUAGUUGAUGAAGAUCAAUAGAUAUUGUUGUUGCGGUACACAGCAUCCUUAUAGUGGGCCCGUAUAAUUGACUUUGAAAGUGGUUACAUAGGUAGAAGGAGAGAGUGAGGUUGACCAAUGGAUUCUCUUUGAAAGAAGAUUCCUUGAAACAUACAGCUACUCUACCAAAGAAACCAAAGAAAAGUUAGACUAAUUCAUUUGUUUAGUCUUUUUUAUUUUUUUCCCUGUUUUCCUGUGAAACAAGUACAUCGAGUACAUUUCCUUAAAGCUGGAGUCCUUAGUUGUUACAUCCAUUUUUGGACUUAGAAAUUAAUAAUAUAUACCCAUUGAUUCUUGAAGAAUAUAACUUAGAAAUGAAUCAUGAGCUUAGUUCAAAUGUCAUACCAUAUCAGAACCCAAAAUAUAAGCUUGUUUUACUCCAAUAUUUGUAAACAAUGUAAAUGUAAACAAACACUGUAUAGCCUCCAAACAUGGUUAAAACUGAUAAUGUUGAUAUCAUGGGUGGUCAGUCUUUGCAUCCACAGCUCUGUCUAUGAAUUUAAGAGUGGUUACAUUUCUCCAGGCCCAUAUCUCAGAUUUAUACCAAAACAGAGGUGGGGUGACCUCUUUGUUAUGGUUUCAAUUCAAGAUUCUAGCUUUGUGUUAUUGUUUUGAUUUCAGAAAAAUGUUUCAAUGAUUUACCUGAGACAUGAAUUCCCAGCAAAGAAAUGUGCUUUAUGAGUCUUUAUAUCUAUACUGAACAAAAAUAUAAAUGCAACAUGCAACAAUUUCAAAUAUUUUACUGAGUUACAGUUCAUGUAAGGAAAUCAGUCAAUUGAAAGAAAUUCAUUACGCCCUAAUCUAUGGAUUUCACAUGACUGAGCAGGGGCACAGCCAUGGGUGGGCCUGGGAGGGCAUAGGCCCACCCACUUGGAAGUCAGGUCCACUCACUGGGGAGCCAAGCACAGACAAUCAGAAUUGUUUUUUUUUCCCCACAAAGGGGCUUUAUUACAGACAGAAAUACUCCUCAGGCCUCAGCGGCUUAUGGUAGAGAAACUAACAUUCAAUUCUCUGGCAACAGCUCUGUUGGACAUUCCUGCAGUCAGCAUGCCAAUUGCAUGCUCCCUCAAAACUUGAGACAUCUGUGGCAUUGUGUUGUGACAAAACUGUACAUUUUAGAGUGGCCUUCUUUUGUCCCCAGCACAAGCUGCACCUGUGUAAUGAUCAUGCUGUUUAAUCAGCUUCUUGAUAUGCCACACCUGUCAGGUGGAUGGAUUAUCUUGGCAAAGGAGAAAAGCUCACUAACAGGGAUGUAAACAAAUGUGCGUACAACAUUUUAGAGAAAUAAGCUUUUUGUGCGUAUCGAACAUUUCUGGGAUCUUUUAUUUCAGCUCAUGAAACAUGUGACCAUGCUUAGGGAAUGUGACUUUGGGAAAGAGGUCAUCUUAAUGGGAGAUUUUAACAUUAAUUAUGAAGACAAGUUUAGUAGGAAAACCCUCAAACGGAUCACUAAUACCUUUGACCUUACACAGCUAGUUAAAGGGCCAACCAGGGUGACUUGUUGAAUACCUAAGAAUACCUAAGAGUGAAUUAAGCUAUUUUGAAAACGCAAUUAAGGGAAUUAACUGGAAUGAUCGCUUGUCCUAUACAGACGUGGAAGCUGAUAGUCAAGUUUUUCUAUCCACAAUCCAGACUAAAAUAAAUAGUUUGCUAAAGAAAAUCAAACCCAAACCUGGCCAAAAGAGCACUCUUCCGUGGCUAAAUGGAGAAAUCUGUAAACUGAUGAAAGAACGAGAUUAUGCUCUACAAAUUGCCCUAAGAUCCAAAUUAGAGGAUGACAGUCGUAGGUUUACCAUGUUGAGAAAUAAGGUGAUGAAAGAAAUCAGACAGGCCAAGGCAAACUUUUUUAUUAACAUAAUUGGUGAAGCAAAGGGAAAUUCUAAACUGAUCUGGGAGAAUCUAAAAAGGUUAGCAGGGAAAGACCAUAGUAACACUGCAAAAAGACUAGAAAUCAUGGUGAAUAACAAUAUAACACAGGAUGCAGUCGAAAUAGCAAUAGCCUUCAAUUCCUACUCUAUUGAUCUAUCUAUCUGUCAGGUUACUGACACAGAACCCCUCCACUGGUUUCUUGGGCUCAGUGCUAGUGAAUGACGUUCAACCUGUCUUCAUCAUAAGGGAGGUUUCUGAGUCAAAGGUGAACAAGGUGAUUAGCUCACUAAAUAACUCUAAAGCCAAAGAUGUGUUUGGGAUGGACUCUACCUUUCUUAAAAACUACAAAGAGUCACUCAUUGGCCCCAUUACUAUGGUCACCAACACAUCUACUGGUCUCGGGGUGUUUCCAAGGGUAUGGAAGUUGGCCAUAAUAAUGGCCAUCUUUAAAUCAGGCGGCCCUGCUGACGUGAGUAACUAUAGGCCCACCUGUGGUGUCAACAACUGAUUGCCCAUGUCAACAACAGCACCUUCAUAUUACACUCCAUGCAGUUUGGCUUCAGAGCGAAACACUCCACAGAAACGGCCAACUGCUUUCUUCUGGAAAAUGUGAAGUCCAAGAUGGACAAAGGGGGCGUUGUUGGGGCUGUGUUUCUGGACCUAAGGAAGGCUUUUGAUACUGUUAACUAUGAGAUUCUCAUCACACAAUUGUCCAAGUUCAACUUUUCCCCUGAUGCCUUGAGAUGAAUGAAAUCAUACCUUGAAGGCAGAACUCAGUGUGUCAGAGUGAGCAAUGAGCUGUCGCCCACUCUUAGCUAUGAUGUGGGCGUGCCCCAAGGGUCAGUACUGGGGCCCCUCCUGUUCAGCCUGUAUAUUAAUGAUCUGCCUUCUGUCUGUACUGGGUCUGAAGUUCAAAUGUAUGCAGAUGAUACAGUGAUAUAUGUGCAUGCAAAGAGCAAACAACAAGCUGCACAAGAACUCACUACUGUAAUGGUCCAGGUUACAAAGUGGCUCAGUGACUCGUGUUUGCAUCUCAAUGUGAAAAAACUGUGGGCCUCACAAAGAGGGCAACAGAUGUUACUGAGCCAGAUGUCUAUGUGUCAGGGGGUAAGCUCCAGGUGGUAUCUGAUUUGAAGUACCUUUGCAUCAUACUCUCUUUUAAAAAGCAUGUAAAAAAGGUCAUUCAAAUAACCAAAUUCAACCUAGCUAAUUUCAGAUUUAUAGGAAAAUGUUUGACUACAGAGGAAGUUUGCCUGUACUUCAAAUCUAUGAUACUCCCCCACUUAACAUACUGCUUGACUAGUUGGACCCAAGCUUGCUGUACAACAUUAAGACCUAUUCAGUCAGUCUAUAAACAGGCUCUCAAAGUGCUUGAUAGGAAGCCAAAUAGCCAUCAUCACUGUUACAUCCUCAGAAAGCAUGAGCUCCUGAGUUGGGAAAAUCUUGUGCAAUACACCGACGCAUGUCUUGUAUUCAAGAUCCUAAAUGGCCUGGCUCCCCCUCCACUCAUUAUUUUUGUUAAACAGAAAACCCAAACAUAUGGCAGCAGAUCCACAAGGUCUACCAUGAGAGUCUGACUGCAUAGAUCCCUUAAGGAAAAGCACCUUUAGUAAAUCCGUUUUCUCUGUGAGAGCUUCCCAUGUCUGGAAUACACUGCCAUCAGACACACAUAACUGCACCACAUAUCACACUUUCACAAAAUGCUUGAAGACAUGGCUAAAGGUCAAUCAAAUUUGUGAACAUGGUCCCUAGCUGUGUGUUGCCGCUUUCCAUGUUGUCUGUAGCUUGUGAGGUGUGGAAACACUUUGUUGCUUUUAUGAAUUUUGUCUUGCUGCUUUUUGCUCUAUGUUGCUAUGUCUGUUUGCUACGUCUUGCUUGUCCUAUGUUGCUCUGUCCGUAUGCUACGUCUUGCUUGUCCUAUGUUGCUCUGUCUGUAUGCCACGUCUUGCUUGUCCUAU